CGGCUUCGAGGGCGAGAAAAUCGUGCACGCCAAAACCAGCGAAUGGGACUUGGUAACGAAUUAUGACAAGAAAAUCGAGGAGGCGUUGAUCGAACAAUUAAAAAAAAGAUUUCCCGAUCAUGACGCGUAAAACGAGAGAUUUUUCGAAGUAAAUUCCACAGUUACCAGGUUAAUAAAGACUCCAAUAUGGGUGCGAUUCGCAGAUUCAUGGGAGAGGAGAGUAGCGCCGAAGCAGGGGGCAAAGGCGAAUUAACAGACAAGCCAACCUGGGUCAUAGAUCCUAUCGACGGAACGCUAAAUUACGUGAAUUCGUUUCCGUAUACCUGCAUCUCCGUAGGUUUAGUGAUUUGCAAAGAAAUCGUGGCUGGGAUUGUUUAUAAUCCACUAAACUCGGAGCUGUACACCGCGGUCAAGGGAGAGGGGGCGUUUUUGAAUGGGAAACCAAUCAAAACUUCUGACGUCACUGAGCUGAAAAAGGCUUUAAUUGAACUCGAACUGUUCUCAAUGAGGAGUUUAUGGAAGAACCGGGAUAUUAAACUUGGUAGAUUCGAAGCCAUACUUGAGAGUACUCGAGGAAUUAGGUAUAUGGGAUCAGCUGCUCUGGCGUUGGCAUACGUAGCGAAAGGUGCAUUGGAUUGCUUUCAAAUGGACGUUCUUCAACCUUGGGACGUUGCGGCAGGUGUGUUGAUAAUUCGCGAAGCUGGUGGCACGGUAAUCAACACAAAAGGUGGUGAAUUCGAUUUAAUGAAACCAAACGUGAUUGCGACUGCGAAUGAAAAACUGGCGACAGAACUGAAGCAGCUCAUCGCGGAUACCGAUUUAAAAACACUACGGAAGAGAUUAACAAGAUCUUGAUAUUUAUGCUUGAUGAUUCUAUGUUCCGAUACUUGGAACGGGAUUCUUGUACAAUCGCAGACUUCGUCCUGUACUUAUAGAAUGAAUAAAAAUAUUGUUAUAUUUUCCAUAUUAUCAUUUAUCACCAAUAUAAUGAAUUACAAUAGAAGUAAAAAGUUCCCUAAUUUUACUAAUUAA